AUGCAUAAUGGUCCAGUCGUGCAGAACGAACUCUCAUCUAUUUUACUGCGUUUCAGGAAACCACGCUUCGUUUUUACAACAGAUAUUGAAAAGAUGUAUCGGCAGAUACUAAUUAAUCCAAGAGAUGAACAUCUCCAAAUCAUUAUUUGGCGAGAGUCACCAGAAGAAAACUUGUGCUAUUACAAAUUAAAAACGGUAACGUAUGGCACAAGAGCAGCGCCGUAUCUGGCAACUAAGUGUCUACAUACCCUGGCCAGAGAGCAUACCAUUAAAUUUCCUCUCGGUUCCGCUACACUCAGCAAGCAUUUUUAUGGCAAUGACGGUUUAAGUGGCUCAGACAGUCUCAUGGAGGCAAUUGCAACAAAGGAUCAACUUAUUAAAAUAUUGGCGACAGCUGGUUUCAAACCUCGCAAGUGGUGCGCAAAUAAUGCCCAAUUACUUCAAGGACUCGCUCCAGAAGAUCAAGAAGUAGAUCUCGAUGUCAGCAAGUAUCUUAAUGAGUUACAGUGUCGCACUAAAUGCAAGAACCAAUCACCUGAUGACAAAGAAGGAAUGCUGGUAAUCAUUCAAGAAGAUGACGCUCCUCCGCUUCAAUGGCCUCUAGGCAGAAUCAUCAAAUGCUAUUCCGGUAACGAUGGAAGAAUCAGAGUUGUAGAUAUCAAAACGAAAAACGGGAUUUGGAAGCGUCCAAUACAUCGCCUAGCACCACUACUGUCGGAAGAGUGGUCAACACCCAUGAUACAACCUGAUAGAUGUGAUGAAGAAACGCCUAAAAAAAUAGCAAAACUCAACAUGCAGCAACCGAAGUAG